UCCAGAGAAAGGCUACAUCAUUCACUGCCGGCGCUCGACAUUGAGUAUUUACCAGAAACGAGGCACAAGCCUCAAAAGGAAAAGAAAGGGAGACAAUUGGAGGACGAAGAAUUAACAUAUAUAUCAUCUGCAUUUUACGCAAAAAUUUUGGUAAUAAUUGGAAUAGCAUUUUCAAUAACCCGAUCCAUAACUACUGAAGGAAAUGUUCAGCACGAUGUAUUUUACAUAUAUUUAUAUGUAGGAAGUACAAUAUUUUUAGCAUACAUGUACAUGAUACAUACAAGAACUAGAUCCCUUAUUACUGAAAUUUUUUCUUACAAUAAUCAGAGCAAUGGAUCAAACGAAACUAUGGACAGUUAUAAACAAAAAUUGUAUGUGCGUUAUGGCAGUUUCUACUUUAGAAUGGGUGUUGUAGGUUUUGGUGUAGGUUCCCUUAUAUACUCAACUUUUAAAUUUGGGCAAUAUUUUGAGUUUAAUAGCGAAGGUAAUUGUGUAGGUGUUUUAAGAGCAAUAAAGCCUGCUACGAGAAUAGGAUUUAUUUUACUGCAAAUGCUGUUUAUAUUUUCUUUCAGCAAUUUUAUAGCUGUACAAAAAAGCCAGUUGAUUGCCAAAUUUGGACUAAUGCAUCUGAUUGCAACCAACGUGAGUGAUUGGUUUCAAGUUGUUGUAGAACAAACGGUGCAUGAUCUCUCAAAUACUGUCAUAGCCUUUACUAAAAACAGUAAUAAAACUAUGAAAGCUCUUCGGAUUGAACAAUACGAAAGCAGGCUUUUAAAUGUAAUGAGACUGAAACACACUCAAGAAAAAUCGUGUCAAAAAUUUGAUUUAAUUACUCCUAUUUUAAUGAAGAUUGAACCGCAUUUAGCUUCAUGUGCAGUGGAGUAUAACCUUUUGUGUACAAUGAUUUUAUUGUUGAUGUGGAAAAUAAGUACUUCUCAAAAAAAGAAAGAAGCUUCUAGAGACCUCUCAACUGAAAUAUCAAGACAAAGUGGCUCUAACGUAAUUUACGGCAGGAGUCAAAGUCAAUUUUCAGUCGAUUGUGCUCAAACACAGAGAGGAUUGUUUAGUGGAAUAUUGGUACUAGCUGUCACGAUCAUCAGUCUUAUUCUGUUUUUCGAACUCGUACCGUACGAUGAUAAAAAGGAUGUAGCCUUGUUACAGACGAUGAUGUGGGAAUCCAUUCUCUUCUCUACAUCUACGGUGGCAGUAUUAAUGAGUGCCAUUACGUUAAGAGACUUAAAGAUCAGCAACACCAAUAUUGAACUUCCUCUGGAGCAUUUACUGUUGCUCGUAACGCAGUCCGGAAUGUUUAUAUAUUGUCUAUUUCAAAUCAUCAGCGGAUGUCUUAUGAGGACUAGAGGGCUCAGCAGGGUGUUAAGUAUACUGACUCCUACGCUAGCAGUACUGCAAAGUUGCUGCCAAACUGCUUUUAUCUUGGAUGCUCGACGAAGAUGCUGUUCUACUGAAGAUCAAAUUAAAAGAAAACCUGGAAGGCAACUCAUUACAUUUUUGCUUUUAUUAAAUGUAUCUUUGUGGGUAAUUAACAGAAUAAAAAACAACAGGUCAAUAUUCCAUCCCAAACAAAUGGAUUUUUACGGAAUUCUGGCCUGGAACAUAAUCACGCACGUGUCUAUGCCACUUGUUGUUUCGUACCGAUUUCAAGCGACUGUAUGUUUUUAUGAAAUAUGGAAGCACGUGUAUAAACGACCCAUUAAACGGAGUUUAAGUGAGGAUAUGCGUUUGGAAAACCAUUCUUAAGCUUACCGAUGUGAUGGUUAACCUUUUAUGCCAGGCAUAAAAAUUUACAGCUUUAUACACUUUUGUUGAAGUUGAUUGAAGAUAUAUUAUUUUAUCUGCUUUUGUUGUUAUACAUAAUGUGUGCUGUAAAACUUUAAUAA